AUGAUCUCUUCCGUCUCUGCCGCGCUGGCGCUGGCGUCUGUGAGCAGCGUCCUCGCUGUUCCUAUCAACAACAACGUCACGCCGUUGGUGUCGCGUGCUACCGCACCAACCCCGGCAUUCGUCGUCUACUCUGACAGAUUCAUUUCUGGAGACGUCCUUCCUACCGCCGACCAGCUUGCGGGCUGGAACGUCGUCGCACUCUCAUUCCUUACCUUGAACGGCCCAUUCGACCAAGCCGCGGCUUACGCUCUACUCCCUGCUGAAACUCGUGCCGCCAAGAAGGCUGAAUACGCUGCGGCCGGCAUCAACAUCAUCGUCUCUGCCUUCGGCGAGACCGACAAACCGACGACCGCCGGCGCCGACCCCGUCGGAACCGCCAACACCAUGGCGCAGUUUGUGGUCACCAACCAGCUUGACGGCAUCGACGUCGACUACGAGGACCUCGACGCGAUGAACAGGGGCGACGGCGCGGCGGAGCAGUGGGUCACCACUUUCACGCAAACCCUUCGCCAGACCCUGCCCCAGGGCCAGUUCAUCCUGACGCACGCGCCACUCGCCCCCUGGUUGUCGCCCAACCAGCAGUUCGCUGCGGGCGCGUACCUCACGAUCCACAAGAACGUCGGGUCCAUGAUUGAUUGGUACAACAUUCAAUUCUACAACCAGGGCCUGUACACCGAUUGCGAGGGCCUCCUGAACACCGCAGGUGGUCCCUUCCCUGGGUCCUCCCUGUUCGAGAUCGCCAACAACGGCGUCGACCUCAACAAGCUCGUCAUCGGCAAGCCUGGCGGAGCCAGCGAUGCCACGAACGGCUUCAUCGACCCGUUCACGCUCGGCACGUGCGUGGACCAGGCAAAGGCAAAGGGUUGGAACGGCGGUGUCAUGGCCUUCCAGUUCCCGAACGCCGACGCCGCCUGGAUCAAGGCGGCCAAGGGUACUUCCUUCGCUUGA